AUGGUAUGCAGUCACGACGGGUUUACGCACAUAGUUUGCGCACUGCAUGGUACGACUCGAGUCGUGCCAAUGCGUGCCACGGAAUCGUGCAAUUUUUAUUGCCAACCUAGCUAUAGCAGCAUUAGCCUUCACGAAGAUGGUUCUAAAAUACAUUCACAACAGUUUGAGUAUGUUUUUUUUUCUUGAGGUCGGUUUCAACGUUCCAUCCGAUAGAUCAUUUUAAUGUUUAUCAUCAUCUGACUCUGGUCAUGUUGGUUUUAACGGUGAAUGGGACGCACAUUUCUGUCAUGCUAUAUUACGAUUGAUCGUACAAUUGCACGUAAGUUUACGAACAGAUUUAUGGAAACAGAGCCCUCGGUCGAUAACCCAAUGCACUAUGCAUUUCGUCACUCAAUUACAAUGGAGUAUCAUCUCAUAUCUUAUCUUCAUAUCAAUAUUAAUGAAAGACAUCUGAAUAAAGAAAACGUUUUCUCACAGGAGAGGAAUAUCGUCUUCAUCCAAAUCUACCAUUUCGUCAUAAUACUUCUGAUAUUCUACGUAUUCACUUCUUCUGGAUAAUUGGUAUAAAGUUGAGAAGACAAGUUAACCUGUCUGCAAAAGCUACCCUAAAAUGGAUUCUUUUAAGAAGGUAUUUCUUAUCCUAACCCUGACGACCUUCUUCAUGUGGGUUUCUGAAGGCGGAGACUGCAGGAAAUGCCCUGAAUAUUGGACGGAAAUGGAAGGAUACUGCUACCAGUACUUCGGCGGUAGACAGACGUUCGACGAUGCGAACACCAUCUGUCAGAGAACAGGAGCUCACUUAGUGAGCAUUCGAGACCAGACCGAAAACGAACUCAUCUACCACCUUUGGAAAGGACUUGUGAAACACCCUACUGAAAAGGAUUCCGCAUACUGGAUUGGUCUGCGUGAUACCCAUCAGGAAUCCGACUUUCAAUGGACAGACAAUACCCCUUACACGUAUUUCAAUUGGGGGCCCGGUCAGCCCGACAACGCCGGCGGUGAGGACUGCGUUGAAGUCCGUAACGACGGUGGCAAUGAUGCCGAGCGAAUGAGGUGGAAUGACUUGCCGUGCCAUCACAUCCGGGCCUUUUUCUGCCGCAUGCCACUCCCAUGAGUAUUCAUCGUCAACGAUUGCAAUUUUCGAUGUCGGAAAAAAGUAUAAUUUUCAUCGGUGGGAGGGGGAGGGGGGGGGGGGGUGGUUGCAAUAUUUCUGUAGUGCUACAAGAAAUUUCCUUACCUUUCAUAGCUAAUGGUGAGCAUGAUUAGAAAAAACACAAUUUUAUGGACCUAUUUAAAGGUCAAAGUCCACCCCAGAAAAAUGUUGAUUUGAAAAAUAAAGAAAAAUCAAACUAGCAUAACGCUGAAAAUUUCAUAAAAAUCGGAUGUGAAAUAAAAAAGCUAUGACAUUUUAAAGUUUCGCUUAUUUUUUACAAAACAGUGAUAUGUACAACUAAGUGACAAGCAAAUGAGACAGUCGAUGAUGUCCUCACUCAUUAUUUCUUUUGUUUUUUUAUUGUUUGUAUUAAACAAUAUUUCAUUUUUUACAGAUUUGACAAUAAGGACCAACUUGACUGAGCCAUAUGGUAUUAAACAAUGCUAAUUCCACAUGUUCAGGGAGGAAUUAAUCGUUGUUUCACUUGAAAAUGAGGAAAAUUUUUGAAAAUUUCAUAUGUCAUAUAUCAAAUACAAAAGGAAUACUAGUAGUGAGUGGAUGACGUCAUCAGUCUCAUCAUUUGCAUACUGACCAGGAUGUGCAUAUAACUGUUUUGUGAAAUUAAGCGAAACUUUAAAAUGUCAUAACUUUCUUAUUUUACAUCCGAUUUUGAUGAACUUUUCAGUAUUAUGCUUGUUGAAUUUUCUCUUUUUUAUUCAAAUCAACUCUUUGUUGGGUUGGACUUGUCCUUUAACUUGAUAUCAGGUUUUAUCAAAAUAUACUUAAUGUUGUGAUUUGGCGGUACCUUCUGACGGCGACCUGGCUCCUUUUUAGCAAUUAGCUCAAUAUGCCUUUAAUAUUGAUACACAAAGUAUAAAUUGAAUAGUCAUUGUCUGUCAUGAUACUUCAUCAUCAUUUUUUGGGGGCAACAAUACCUUAAUUUUGACCUUGCUUCAUUGAAAUUAUUAUCUUAUUCGGAACAGUUCAUUUCAACUUUGAAAUAAGACAUUGUAGAAACUAGCA